AUGCUUGAUGCCAUUGAUAGGCUUCGGAUUCUGGGCCUGAAGGAGGAGGGGAUCGAGCUUCCGACUAUCGUUGUCGUCGGUGACCAAUCCAGCGGCAAGUCAUCCGUCCUGGAGAACCUGUCGGGAAUCAGCUUACCCAGAGGGAAUGGAAUUGUUACGCGAGUGCCGCUGAUCCUGAGGCUCCAAUCGUGCACAAGCAAAGAUGGGGAGAUCACAAUAGAGUACAACAAUCCAAGUUCCGGAAAGAUCUUCAAAAUCCUCCCUGAUGAAGAGAGCAUUCAAGAGGAGAUCUCUAAGGCGACUGUGACCUUAGCUGGUAGCAGAAAAGGUGUUAUGGAUCGUCCAAUCACUCUGCAAGUGAAGAGAUCGGGACUGCCUGACUUGACGCUGGUGGAUCUGCCUGGGAUCACGCGAGUUCCUGUGGACGAUCAGCCGAAGGACAUCUACAAUCAGGUCAAAAAAAUGAUCAUGCAGUAUAUCACUCCAGAGGAGAGCGUCAUUCUCAACGUCCUUGCAGCUGAAGUUGACUUCUCCACGUGCGAAUCCAUUGUAAUGUCUCAAGAGGUUGACCAAGAUGGAGACCGUACCUUGGCUGUCGUCACCAAGGUUGACAGGGCUCCUGAUGGCCUCUAUGAGAAAAUUCAAGGCAACUCAGUGCGGAUUGGAUUGGGCUACGUCUGUGUCCGGAACAAGACUGACGCUGAUGCUUCUCAUGCUGCUGCUCGACUUGCAGAAACGGAUUUCUUUGAUCGCCAUCCAGAAUUGAGCAGAAUUGAGACCGAUUCUCGAGGGAUCCCAGCUCUUGCGCAGCGGCUGUCAGAGAUUCAAGCCAAGCGCGUAGCAGAGAGCAUUCCACGGAUCAGGCAGUCCAUCCAGAAGACACUGAUUGCCACAGAAGAAGAAUUGCAGAAAAUUCCCUUGGCUGCCAAUUCGGAUGGUGCUGCACUGGCGAUGAUCUCUUCCACAAUUCAAAGGAGGCGAGACUUUAUGACAGGCCUCAUUGGUGGAAGAUAUGGCCAACUUCAGGGUGACAUCUCCAUGCACUAUGCUGCAAGGCUGAAUGAGAAAUUCAACGAGUACGAGGCUCUUAUGCGGAAAAUUCUUCCCGACUUUCUUGGGAAGAAAUACACGGAGAGAUGCAGAGAUGCCCUGAAAGAGGUGGCUGGAGUUUCGCUUCCAAAUAUGCUGGAUCAAGCUGUGCUGAGUCAACUGGUGCAAGAGUUGAUCGACAGCAUUGAAGGGCCAUCGUUGAUGCUGGUGGAGGACUGCUUUUCCUAUGCAGCAGACGUUCAGAAGGCCGUGAUAACGAAGACCUGUUCAGGGUAUCCUAACCUGGAAAAUGCUGCUCAACUGCAAGCACUCAUGGCCUUGAAGAAGGCCAAGGAUUCAUCAAUCGAAAUGACGAAGAACCUUCUGUUGAAGGAAAGAAGGGUGAUUUUCACGCUGAAUCACUACUACAUGGAUACCGUUUCAAAAAUACAUCAGUCAAUUGCUAAGUACAAAGCAGACCGUUAUGGCAACACCCCCAGCAUUGAUGGUUUCAGCUCCAACACUGCUUCAUUAGCUGACUUGAUCAGCAAUGAUGAUCAGGCGGCAAGGGAUCUGCAGAUCAACGUGUUCUCCUAUGCUAAGGUGGUGCACAAGCGGCUGUGCGAUGUGAUCCCAAUGGAAAUCCGGAUGUCUCUGGAGGAUGCUCUUGUGGAUGAUACCGAUGCUGCAAUUUGGGGGUGA